UGUGCUGUGUACCGUAGUCAGACCUUUCCCUUCUAAAAUUCGGAUCGGAUGCGGUCAUGCAUAGUUAUUCAGGGCCAUGUAUACUGAUUUUAGUCGGCCGAUGAUGAAAUCGAUGAGCGGAUCGUUCGUCCCGUGGUAAGAUUGUCCAGCGUUUUCCCGGUACCAAUUGGUGGGUUAUUCAUAGUCAGGCAGAGGUACCGACGCCGUGGCUGUAGGGAUCCCACAUCCAUUUUCUCAUUUUCCGAAUACUCGAAUCAACAAAGGCCGUAGAGGAGGGGGUACGAGAAGGCUGGAGGAUGCGAGGUGUUCGCGGCCCCAUUCAAGAGCAUCCGAUGACGUCAUAUUCAUUUGCUUUCGGCGUGGCGUUCGAGAGGGCAGCCGCGGUGGAAAGAAACGGACGAUCGCGGUCAAUCUUUUCCUUCGAUGAGAUUCCAAACCCCCUCACCUGGUCGGGAAUGAUCUCGAGAUCCAAUUUGGGGCGAAGACAAAAUAAUGGAUUGGAGUGGAGGGGAGGGGGGGAGAGCUUGCUUGGAAUGGUCUGUGGUUUGCAAGCCCGAGGAGGGGGCAGGAGAAGAGCUUCCUUUGUGGUGUGUGCUUUGAAUAAUGCAUUCAAGUUCAGUCUACGCGCACACGCACACACAGCACACACAGCACACAAACACACAUCCAUUACCCACUUGGCUAGUCCCAUGUCAAUCCCCGCCAUGAUGGAGUUGGUUUCCACCUGUCUGUCUCCUCUUGGGUGGCAAAUUCCAUUCCACUUUCCCCCCCCCCCCCCCCCUCUUUCUGUGAGAGAGAUUGAUCGAUCAUGCCAUACGGUGUACAUGAUGUGCAUGAAUCAACUCACUGUUGAAACCGCUGUAUAGUGUAUACCCAUCGCAUCAUCCACCACCCCUACUUCCAUAGUAAGGUACCAGGCACGGUCGAUAGAAUGGGGCUUUCACCGAGAUUGGAUGGGUCCGUGCUAAUGCAACAGGAGUUAGUUCAUAGCUCGAAAAUGGCCUGCAAUGGGCCGAAUGGUUCCGUCUUUUUUGGUGAGUUAUGGAAGUGAUAGUCGUGACAGUUCACAACUUCGUAUA